AUGACACAAGAUUUGGUCCGCCACAUAAACGCGGAGCACAGUCAAAGCGAUCAGAAGAAGCUUGCGCUAGACCUGGCGAGCUUGAGUUCCGGCCCAAAGAAGUCUUCCAAGGACAAGGAGACGGCGACUCUCCGCCCGGCGCAGGAUGAUGACGCCAAAACUCCGAGCGCGGACGACAUUUUUGCAAAGUACAACGAGGAGGACGAGGACAGUCUAACUGCGAGCAUAUAUCACUGUUCUACAACGCCCACGGAGGAAUAUGAGCAAACUCUGGCUACAAGUAUGGGUGACAUUUCUGUGCAAGAAGUGCACAAGGCCGAGGACUGCAUCGCGAGUCACAUGAGGGAUCUUUCGCUUCAAUUCACGCUACCACGACUAGGACAAGCGACGCCAACGUUUCUCAAGCCGGCGAUCCCGGCGAUGGACUCCUCGGCCGAUUCCUCGGACGACGAUGGUCGGCCAGAGUUGGAUGUAUCAGUGGACCUGUUUGACCCCAAAAACAUGAAGGACGGUAUUCCGUUCGAGUUUUACAUGCGAUUUCUGAAACUAUACGAGAAGCUUUGGUUGAGGUUCGAAGAUGGCAAGCGCCAUCACCAGUCACUUUUGUAA